AUGUUGGAGCGGGGCAGCGCGCCGGGCGGGGCGGGCGCGGCCCGGAAGGGGAAGCGCCGCGCUGCCACUUGGCCGUGGGGCAGCGGCCGUGAGGGAGAGGUGGCGGCGCCGGGUCCCCUCGGCCCCGCCUGAGCCUGCCCGUCCUGAGGAGCCGCCCGCGUGCUUGCUGUCCCCAGCCCUCCCUCCCGCCUGCCCCGGGAGCAGCACGGUGCGGGUGGAAGUUCCCCCGCCUCAGGUGAGGGCCGGGCCCGCCUGCCGGGGCCGAGCCGCUCCCGCAGCCCCGGCCGGGGGCCGAGCCGGCCGCUGCCGCCCGCAGAGAGAGACAUGGCUGAAAGGCUCUCCUGGGAGCUCCGUGUCUGCACGGGUUAAGGCGUGCGGUGGGGAGAGGCGGAAAAGUUGCUGUUGGAUUUCGCUUCAAGGGAGCGGACAGAAAGCGGCGAAAUGGAUGACUUCCCCUCCAUCUGCCUACUGUCCCUGGCCAUGCUGGUCGCCUGCUAUGUGGCAGGAAUCAUACCCUUGGCAGUUAAUUUUUCCGAGGAGAGAUUGAAGUUGGUGACUGUUCUGGGUGCUGGGCUCCUGUGCGGAACUGCCUUGGCUGUCAUUGUGCCAGAAGGAGUACAUGCACUUUAUGAAGACAUUUUGGAGGGAAAGCAUCACCCAGCGAGCGAGAUGCAGCACGUGAUGGAGUCUGAGAAGGCGGCGAAAAUCCCAGCGGCGCACGAGCACGGCCACGACCAUUCCCGCUUGCACGCCUACAUCGGUGUGUCCCUUGUUCUUGGCUUUGUCUUCAUGCUGCUGGUGGAUCAGAUAGGCAGCUCUCAUGUGCACUCUACAGAUGAUCCAGAAACUGCAAGAUCAGGCAACUCCAAAAUCACCACAACACUGGGACUAGUAGUCCAUGCUGCAGCUGAUGGUGUUGCAUUGGGUGCAGCAGCUUCUACUUCUCAGACUAGUGUCCAGUUGAUAGUGUUUGUUGCGAUCAUGUUGCACAAGGCACCAGCUGCCUUUGGCCUGGUUUCCUUCCUGAUGCACGCUGGGCUAGAACGGAAUCGAAUCAGAAAACACUUGCUGGUCUUUGCAUUAGCAGCACCUGUUCUGUCAAUGGUGACAUACUUGGGGCUAAGCAAGAGCAGCAAAGAAGCCCUUUCAGAAGUCAAUGCCACUGGAGUUGCUAUGCUGUUUUCUGCUGGGACUUUCCUUUAUGUUGCCACAGUUCAUGUUCUCCCAGAAGUAGGAGGAAUUGCUCAUAGCCACAAACCUGAAUCAACUGGAGGAAAAGGACUCAGUCGUCUGGAGGUGGCAGCCCUAGUAUUAGGAUGCCUUAUUCCUCUAGUUUUGUCUAUUGGACACCAUCACUAAAUGCUCAAAUUUCAAUGUUCUCUUUGAUAAGACAUGAGCAGUAAAUGUCUGCUGCUCCCUUUAUCAUUCUUUUACCCAUCAUUCAUCCCAUCAACUUUAUGAAGUUCAGAGGGAAUCUUGAUUGCAAAAUGAGGAAUACUGGGAAAGUUUUUAGUGUAGCAAAAUGUACUUUGGCAGCCGGACGCAAAUUCUGUGUAAUUUUCUUUUCUGAAGACAUUUGCUAAUUUAAUUGUUACUUCUGGCCCUAUUCUCAGGGAAGAUGGAACUUGAAGUUCAGGAAAGGUGAGCAGGGAAGAACAUGGCGACUCCUCCCAAAAUUGCAAUCACCAAAGUAUCCUGCAGUUCAGCUUUCACAGCUGAGAGCAAAACCCAAGGAUGGCUGCGUUGUGAGAGGUUCAAGUCUCACUAAGGAAGAAGGGGGCUCUCCCCUGUUGGUUCUGUGUUGUCUGGGCAAUGGGACUGGCCCUUGUGAUGCUUGUCACUAAUUGUAUUGCAGAAAUGGGCUGCACUGGGAACUCUGUAUAACACUGCUGCUGUCACAGAGGUGUCACUUGAUAUCAAAGAAACUAUGUAGACUGUGUAGGAUUAGAGGAAAUCAGCUGGUUAAGAAAGUGCAAAUGAGUUUUGCAGUGUAUUCCAUCGUUUAAGACAAAGGACAGAAGCAAGAAGAAUAGUGUUUUGAUUUUUAUUCAAUUGUUAAUAAAUUCUAAAAGGCACUGUUUCUUGGGAGAUAGUCUUCUGCCAAGUCAGUCAAGUGUUAAGCACCAAAAAUAUCAGCAGGAAUUAUGUAGGCUACUGGUAUACACUAAUGCUUCUGUUGAGAGAGAUACCCAUAGUACCCUUUGAAAUAGAGCUGUUCUGGGCUGUGAUGGGUAGAAAUCUGAUGGAGACAGCUGUUGAGGGACCAGAGACCUUUACUAGCUCAUUUUCAAAAACCUGAACUGCUGAAAUCCGUGGGGGGCUGUGUGGGUUUUUCACUAAAUAAAGGUAUUACGGCUAACAAAA